AUGGAGCUUCUAAUGAGAGCAAAGCAGCUUGUCCUUCAUUUGAAGAUUCAAGCAGGGCAAGUUUCGGUUUUGAAGUUUUGCAAUUUCAUAGUCUGUCAGGGCUAUCAUACUUUGUAUCAGUGGUACCGAUUGGUGGAGAGUGAGCACUUUCCAGAUCCAACUGGCCUUCGAGCUCGAAUAGAACAAUGGACUUUUGGCCUUCAUCCAGCAUGCAUCAAGUAUUUCAUGUCUGCAUUAGAUGUUCCAGACGUAUGGAAAGCUCUUUUGCAAACUUAUUUUUACUCUUCUUUGUUGCAUUCUGACGAUGAAGAAAUCUUAUCAGGUUAUGGCUGUCACCCGAAACAAUAUAUGCAAGAAUGGGAUGGAAUCACUAUCUAG